GUGUUUCGCCGCGCCACCGCUGAGAGCGGGGCUCUGAACGUGGCCAACUCUUCCUCAAUACCCUUCACCUGAACCCACAGCUACCACCAGAACUUCCCAACGACUCGCGACACAAUUAUUACUAUCUCCGCCUGCUACGCCGUCAUCUCAGGCGACUUCGAAGACGUGAAUCGAUCGCACUUCGGAAGAACGAAGCCCGCCCAGCAAACUAGCCGCCAAUAGUGUGCCAUCUACAUCGAACUGGCCGUGUUCGCAAACAUAACAAGAUCCCACGACCCAAAUCUACCCUCGUCCAGUCGCCGCUGCCGAAUCCGAAUCGGUUACAUUCGUCGCCGAAAGAACAAUGUCGGACCCUUUGUCAGUCGUCGCCUCGAUCGCCGGGCUUAUCGGCAUUUCGGCAAAGAUCAUCAGUAUGCUCAAAGGUGUCUACGACUGCGGAGCGAAAGCGAAGGGUGCGCCAGAGUCCAUUAGUUGUGUCAUAGACGAGAUGCAAGACAUGAACGUCAUCUUCUGUGAAGUUCAACUCUUUGUUAUCGGUCAAAGCAAGAGCCGGCAACAGAACAGAUUAACAAUGAUAUCCGUCCAUCAUCUUAUCGCAACCUUGAGCGGAGGUGUCUUGGUCUGUUCCAGUCUGGAUAAGUACUUGAGCGAGGUGGUGGGGAUUGUCGAUCCGAGUGUGCCAGCCGGUAAAGCGGGACUCAUGUGUGAGCGGGUCAAAUGGGCGGCGUGGAAAGAGGCGCAGGUCACCGAAGUCAUCGAGGACCUUCAGCGGCACAAGCUGAGUUUGAAUUUGAUGCUGGGUAUAAUUCAGUGUCACACCGCUGCAGAGGCCACUGAAAGUCUCGGAAAGUUGCACGAGAUCAUGGCACAGAUUCUGGAUUCCAACCACGUAAUCUCGGUGCAGCUUCGAGGGCUCAUUGCACAUCAAUCAAAUGGAUCCACUUAUGCGUCCUCCGUUAAUCCCACGAGCGAAUUUGGCGUCGCAAACCUCGCUUUCCGACCGAUCCCAGACGACACCGCAUAGAUUAAGAGCACAGAAACAUCCUUCAGCAUCGGUUCCACCCGAUCCACCCGGUCAAUCUGGUCUCUGUUACCGUCGUUCACAGUGGAUUCGAGAGACUCGAGACCAUACAAGCGGGCGCAACUCUGGGGUAUGAGAGCA